UCUCUCUCUCUCGCUCUCUCGCCCCACAACAUAUACACAUCCCCGUGCCAGCGUCGCAGGAUUCUCGCCCCUCCAGCGCCACCCUGCUGCCCUGGGCCGCCCCCGCGCCAUGCCACUCGACAGUCAGUCGGCCGAGGCCGGCUUUCUGGACCUCGCCCCGCAGGAGGGCCCGACCAUGGAGGCGCUCCUGCCGGCACUCUUUCCGCCGCCGGCCGGGGCUCCCCUCCCGGGUGGUCUGGAACCCGGGGUGGAGCUCCACCGCCGACCGGUUUGCCAAUUGGAGAUCGCCUCGCUUCCUGGUGGUGACUUUGGCGGCACGCCGGAGAGCCGCACCGCCGAUGGGCCGGAUGCGGAGGAUCAAUCUCUCGUGGCCCGGCUGCUGGCCAGCAUUUCGGCGGCCUUCCCCUGGGCGCCUGAUGCCUCGCCCCCGGAAACCGGACCUCCGCACCCCAUUCUCCCGGCCAGUCUGAUCAGCCGCCUUAGCCCGGCCAUGCCUCUGCGCAUGGAUGCCGCCCCGGUGGCCCUCCCUGGGACCGAUUGCGCGAGUUUCCUCCCCCCGGCGGCGGCUCACCUGCUGCUGACCUAUCCCACUGUGCCGCGCCCGGGCCCCGACCAGGCAGCCCCGGUGCAGGCCCAGGUUUUGGUCCUCCCCACCAGUGAGGCCAUUUUCCAGGCCACCCUGCCUGAGGAGAUGUUCGGCCUGGCCCCAGCCGGUCCGGGCCAGCCCGGCCUGCCGGAUCCCCUCCGGCGGCUGGCAUUGGUCCGGGCAAGCCCCAGACCAACAGGCCAAUCCCUGGGUCUGGCCACACACAACGGCUCGGCGGCCUUCUUCGCACUGCACCAGCCGGCGCAUUUCCUCGGCGCGGUGCUCAAUGACUUCACCGCGCAGCCCGGCUGCGGGGACAUCGUUGAUGCGGUGAUCGUCGAUCGCCCGAAUGCCCCGGCCCCCCGGCCAACACACGAGGUGUUCCUUGCCCGUGCUGGCGGCUUCGUGGAUCAGAUUCUGGUGUGUGUCGGCUCGCGAAUGCCACCGGCCGGCCGCGAGGCGACAUGGCCCGGGCUGGCCGGUCCUCCGGGGCCGGUGCAAGUGUCUCGCUGCUGGGAUCUGCGCUCGAUUGCCGCCGACCUGCCGGGCCCCUCUCCCCGGGGCUUUUCCUUUAUCUCGGCCAUCGAUGCCACCCCGGGCGGGCUGCUUGCCGUGGCUGGCUCCGACCUCGGUGGCCGUGCACUUGUCUGCGCCUUCCGCAUGAGCUCGGCCUCGGGGGACUUGGAGCUCCUGGGCUUUGCCGGCGCCGCGGACUUCCCCACCCGGCUGGAAACCCUCCCACAGGCCGCCAAGCCAGCUGCCGCCCGGGCAGCGGGCCUUUCCCGGUCCGCCGGUGAAGGUGGCGUCCUGUGGCGCGUGCCGGCGAUGGAUUUGCGGCCGGAUGCCAAGCGCGCGCGCGAACUGGAUCGCCUCGUGGCCAUUCGCCGGGACCUCCCCCUGCCAAUGGGUGCCCUUGUCUCGGCGGCCGGGCGCAAGCGCGCGCGCGGCCGAACCGGCUCGGCCAUCUCCAGCGCCGACCCCACAGCCGGGUACUUCCUGCAGUGUCGCCUGCGGCCGCUGGCCGUCGCCUCCGAUGCCCUGGCCGAGGUGCUGGUCCUUGGGGCCGGCGGCCGACAAUUGGCGAUCUUUGCCACCGCCACCGCCACCGAUGGCGAGCACCUCCGCCCGGUGGCCCUGGGCCCUGGCGACGAGGUGGCCACGGCAGUUUGGUGGGGCCGGGCAACGGCCCUGUGCACAACCACCUCCGGCGGAUGGCGGCUCUUGCGCCUGCCUAGCCCGGACCUCGACAGCCCCCUGGUCGGUGGCACCUCGGCCGGCGAUUCCCUUCCGCUGCGGACUUCCGAUUUGGGGGCCUGGGCGGCGGCGGCGGCGGCGGCGGCGGCGGCGUCGGCCACCAUGGCGAUGGCGGUGCCACCGACGGCCUCGCCCAAUGCAGCGGGCUCGGCCAUCCUGGCCGGCGCCGGCCUGUCGGCCAUCAUGCCGUACCUGUCCGACAUGUCGGCCGUCCUGCAAUCACUAUCACUGCUGCUGUCGGGCGAUGGGUCCCCGCCGCGGGACAGCUCGCUCCUGGACCUGGCCCCUCUUGUCAGUCCCCUGCUGGUGGUGGACACCGUGCCGCUGAGUACCCGUCCGGCCGGGCAGCAGCAGCAGCAGCAGCAGCAGUUACUGCUGGCGGCCGAGGCCGAUGGUCAACCGCUUGCGCACCGUCUCCUUCGCCUGCUCCAGGGUCUGCUGUUCGCCACGCCGGCGCCGGCGCCGAUGUCCCCGGCGCUGGCCCGCGCAUCUGCUGCCGCUGCGGCGGCUGCCGCGCCGGCCGCCGGCUCGGGCCCCGGGGCGCCCCCCCGGGAGGACCUCUUCCGCUAUCGUGUUUCCCUGUCGGCGCUCUUCGGCCUGACGCUCGCGGACCGGGUACGCGAUGCUUGCCAGGCUGGGGACUUCGACCGGGCCCUGGCUCUGGUCCAGGACGAGGGCCCGAGCAACGCCGGCCUGCGCGAUGCGGUGCUCGGCUGUCGAUUCUGGCACAUGACCCUGGAUCCGGCGGCCGGCAAGCUUCGUGGGGACUUGUCAGCCCAAGCCAUUCAGGCGGCCGCGGAAGACUCGCCACUGGCUCGGGAUAUCCGCGACCGGGCGCUCGGCGCUCUGACCCCGGCCAUGGAGCCCCUCCUGGCGGCCGGUCUGUGCGCCUGGCGCCCUGUCGGAACGCUGCUCGAGCGGGCCGCUCUCCUGGAUGUCGGCCUCCAACUGACGGCUGGGCUGGAGGGCCAACCAGGAGCGGCGACCUGCCGAGCCCGGCUGCUGGCCCUGCGCCGGCGCCUGGCCGCCUUCCAGGCCAUUGUCCUGGGUGAUGGGCCCGGGGUCGGCAUCGAGGGAGGCGCCAGCUCUCCUGGCCGGGCGGGCUUUGACCCGGUCUUUCGGGCCUUCUGCCGGGCGGAUUUGCUGUAUUGCGCGCGACGCCUGGCCGAGACCGGGCGCGCGGCCAGCCUGGCCGGGCUUUGCACCGCCGGGCCACGCUACACGGCCUUCUUUUGGCCCUUCCGCCGGCUGUUGCUGUGGCUGCUGCCGGCCACGGCGGAUUUGGCCCCGGUACUGCGGCUCCUUCCCCGGCUGGAUGCCGAUGGCCGUCGUGAAUUGUGGCUCGAUGCCCCGGGCCCCGGGGCAGGGGCGCCGGAAGACUGGGCCGAGCGCGGGCCUGCCAUGCGCGAGCGCCUGACCGAUUUGGCCGAGGCCCUGGCCGGGCUCCCGGCCGGGCUGUUGGCCGGCCGGCUGACCUCGCCAGCCGGGCCCCUGUCCCGAAGCGACAUGGCCCAGUGGUACCUGGCCUUUGGCCGGGACCGGGGGGCCGAGCGUGCGGCCCCUUGGGAGGGGCGCCGGGUGCUGGGCUUCGGCGUGGAGCAGGCCGGGCUCCAGGCGGAACUGGCCCCGGGCCGGGCCCUGGCCGAGGUGUACUGCGCCGUGACCCGGGGUCUGGCCCUGGCCGGGCUGCCGGCACCGACCGGGCGUCUGGCCGCCGGGUGGUCCUACCUGCUGGAACGGCCCGCCGCCGCGCGCGCGCAUUGGCUCUUGCGCGCCUGCCUCGGCGGGGCCCUGCGCCCGGGGUCCGGCUCCGGGACCCCGGCUCCCGUGGAGCAAGACCGUCGUCGCCGCGCUGGCGGAGCCCUCUUCUGCCAGCUGCUGCCGGACCUGCUGGCAGCCGCGCCGGUCGACUCGACUCCGCUCUCAUGCCAGCGGGUGCUGUGCGACCUGCUGCUGCACGCGGCCGCCGGGGCCCUAUCGCAAUCCCUUGGCCCGGCGGCCGAGAUCGAGGACCGAGUCCUGGUCCUGCAUCUGCUUGUGGAGAUGCCCCGGAAUUCGGCGGGCGGCGGGCUGCUGGAUGAGCGCGCCUGGUGGCGCCUCUGUCUGGCGGCCCUGCUGGCGGAGACGGCAUACUCGCGCUUUGCCGGGGCCCCGCCCAAUGGUGCUGUCGCGCCGUCGGCAGCCACCCCGGGGGGGCGCCUUUCCCGCCGGCAGCGCGCGGCCGCGGCCGCCGGCACCCUGGCCCCAAGCCACGCGCAAAUGCUCGCGGACGCCGAAAGCCGCCUGGUCCAGCAUCUGGCCCUCGAGGCGACAUCGGCCAUCGAUGCCGCCGCCGCCGCCGCCGCCUCCGACGCGGCUGCCAUCCUCCCUGCGGCCGCCGCCACCCCCGGGCAGCAGGACGCCCUUGCGCCGCUGCAUGCGCUGGCCCAACGGAUUGGCCAGUUGCGCGACCUUUCGGAGGUCCUUGCCCGGGCCUGCUUCAGCCCGGGCCUCACCGGGCCGGUGGAGUUGGCUCGGCUGCUGGGCCUGGCCGGGCAGUUGCAACAGGCGUGCGAGUGGUCCGAUGCCCCGAGCACCUGCCCGGAUCUGGACCCGGCGAUGGCGGGCAAAAUUCUGCGCACCGGAGCCGGAGGGCCUGCCUCCUUGGCCCGGCGCCAGACUCGCCUGGUCCGGCGGAUCUUGCAAGCGGUCAAUGGCCCGGUCGGGCCGGUCGCCGGGCCCGGGCCCGGCUCCAGCCCGACCAGUGCCCCGGGUUCCGGGCAGCCACAGGCCAUGGCCUUCGAUGAAACCUUCGCCCUGAUGCUCGUGCUGGAUGAGCACUUGGCCAGCCAGCCGGGCUGGCUGCUACCGGCGGCCGAGCACUGGCGCGAGCUGUGCUGGGUCCUCCUCACGACCAGUCGGUUCUCGCAUGUGCGCGAGUAUUUCCUGCGUCGCCCGCAACAGCCGGUCGACUGGGCACGCUGCCCCCUGACCGAGGAGGACCAGGUGGCCCUGUGCGUCGGGGCUGCGCGAGCUUUCUUCGACUCCGAGGCCGACCUUCGCCAGGGCGAGGGGCUCGCCAAGGCCCGCAGCUGCCUGGUGCUGGCCCCGGCCGAGCAUGAGGCGGUCCAGCGUGAGCGGGACCACAUCGAUGCGGCGCUGGCGCUGGCGACAGCCGGGGCCGAGCUCAGCCCCGGGGUCCCACUGCACCCUGGCCAGCUGGCCGGUCUCCGGUGGGACCCGGCGAUGUCCCCCGGCGCCUCCAGUGGGGGCUCCCUGAACGGGGAAUUGUCAAGUCGCGGGGCCGGCCUCCUCCGGGGGAUGGCAGCCGGCCAGGGCUCGGCCGAUGCGGCCGCUGUGCCGGACCACAUCCAUGUCCGACGCCUGCGUGUGUGCUUGGAUUUGAUCGAAACAACGCGCGGUCGGGCGGUGGUCCCAUCCAUCGAGGCCAUUGGUCGGCGCCCGGGCACCACCGGCGCCGAUGCCGGGACCAAUGUCUGGCAGCUGGCACGGCUCCUGCGUUUGGACCUGCCGGCGUGGGCCACUGGCGAGGUUGGCGGCCGGUCGGAUGGGUCUUGCACCGGGCGCUCGCUGGCCGCCUGGGCCCGGAUCCUGGCGUCGCUGGCGCUGGCUUCGCAUGAGCACCACUUCGAUGCGCGUCUCAGCUGGAAUGCCCUGCGGCCGCUCACUUCGCCGGCCGUCGUCAGCGGCCUGCUUGUCCUGGAGCCCGGGGACAACAUGAUGCCGGUCGAGCAAGGCGCCGCCCUUCCGGCACCCCGACUGCUGGCCAGUCGCAUCCCGGACCUUCGUCACACGGUGGCCACGGCUGCUUCGCUGGUGGGCCGGGCCUUCUCGGAAACGGCCUCCGGAUCUGCUCCAUCUGCUAUGGCCGACCGAGGCACAGGACCCGGUCCUUUGGAUGCCGUGCGCGCGGCAGCCUCCCUCAUGGCCCUGGCCUCAUGCCUGGCGCCGGCUGUGCCGGUGUAUCGCCUAACCGAGGAGGAGCCCUUUGUCUGGGCCCCGCCCGAGGCCGCUUCGGCGGUGUCUCUCCCCCGAAGCCCGGUGGAAUUGGUCGCCCGGGGCUUAUUGGCGGCGGCCGGGCCGGAGGCUGGUGCCUCGACCGCGCGACCGGCCCUGGUGGCCGGAGCAUCGGUGAGCUCCGCCGUCAGCCAGUUCCGCACUUUGGCCGCGGAGCUGGAAGUCCUGGCGCCGGCCGGCUCGGCGGCCGGGGCAACCGGCGGCGCGUCUCUGCCCGUGUAUGUGCCUGUCGCCGGCCCGGCGGCCUCUUCGGCCCAGCUGCUGAAACCCGCGGCCCUGGGUGAUCUUUUCGAGCGCUCCCAGCGCUUGAACGACCAAUAUGUCGCCCGGCGAGAGGCACACCAUCGGACGUCGGCCAUCCAUCGAUCCUUCCUUGCUCUCACUGGUGCUCAGCUCAGUUUUGGCCUCGGAUCCGCGCUUCAGCUCCACUCGCCAAGCGCGCUCCUGGAGCAGGUCCACGCACAUGUGGCUGCCCUGAGCGGCCAGCCGCCCUCCUUGUCGGCGAUCUUGUGCUUGGUGCCUCUGGUGGCCGAUGUACUGCUCGGACGCGUGGAGCCAUCCAGCGCCGAGGCGGCGACGGUGGCCAUGACUGCCCUUCACACUCGCCGUGUCUCCCUGGCACAGGCGCUCCUGGCAUCCUGCCGAUUGGAUCAGUGUGCCCUCCUGGUGGCCUGGCUUUUGAGCAUGCCCGGCGAUGUGGCGCACAACGAGCAUCGGCAUGAUCUCCUCCUGCUGACCGCCGACCUGGCAGUCAAUCCCCUUUGCCAGGAGACGGAUUUGCCCUUCCGCAACCGGGGCAUCCUCCUGGACAUGGCCGGGCGACAGCAUGCCCUUCUGCGCGUGGCCUCCGGCCAAUUGGACACGGACAUCCUGCGCGCGGUCAUCCUCCUGGCCGGCAACUUGCCAAUCGCUGGCAGCGGCGAAUCACAGCCGGGUGGCCCUGUGCCAGGAUCGCCGGCCGAGCUCCCCCGGCCUCUCGAUUCGGCCGACCUACUGACCAUCGUGUCGACCUUCCUUUCGCUGUCCUACGCCUGGGAUGAAGAGGGCUAG